AUGGAGCUCGCGGUCUUCGGCGCCGCGGCGAAGCGGGCCGUCGAGCGGCGCGGCAAGACCGUGAAGCGCAUCCUCUCCGGCGGCCUCAUGACGGCCCUCGACAUGCACGGCGUGAGCCUGAGCGUGCUCGCCGUCGACGCGAAGACCUUGGAGCGCCUCGACGCGCCGUGCUGGACGCCCGCGAUGCGCACGGGCGACUGGCAGCCCACGGCGCCGCCGGCGCCGUUGGUGGCGCCGGACGCGAGUGUCAUCGACGACGUGGCGCCGGCGGCCGUCGAAAACGACCUCGUCGACGCGCGCCUCGCGAACGCGCUCCGCGCCGCCACGAAGGCGAUCGUCGACGGCGAGGAGUCGCUGACGGCCAUGGACGAGAAGGUCGGCGACGGCGACUGCGGCAUCACGCUCGCCCAGGGCGCCAAGGCCGCCGUGUCGCUCCUGGACCGCGCGGGCGGCGCGCCCCGGGGCGCGUGCGCGUUCCUCGCGGCGCUCUCGAAAGCCGUCGAGGACUCGAUGGGCGGCUCGUCCGGCGCGCUCUACAACCUGGGCCUCAAGGCGGCGGAGAAGUCCAUGCGCGACGCCGUCAAGGCCCACGCCGGGGACUGGAGCGACGCCGACGCCGACGCGGCCUGGAAGCGCGCGUUCGUCGCCUUCGCGGGCGCGAUCUCGGAGUGCGGCGGCGCCAAGGUCGGCAGCCGCACGAUGUGCGACGCGCUCCUGCCCGCGGCGGACGUCUUCGAGAAGGCGGGCACCCUCGACGCGGCGGCGGCCGCCGCCCAAAACGGCGCGGCGUCCACGGCGAAGCUCGUCGCGACGCACGGCCGCAGCGCCUACGUCUCCGCGGACGUCCAGGACGGCGUCGCGGACCCGGGCGCCCACGCCGUCGGGCUCAUGUUCGCCGCCGUCGCCGGCGCGGCGCUCUAG